AUGGCACCUACUCAAUAUCAAAAACCUCCUCAAGCUCCUCCUCUCUUUACUCAUACCGAAUCGCAGAUUGUCGAUGAGGCCAAGGGAUUGAUGGAUAAAUAUCGAAAACUCCUCGAUGAUCUCGUUGCAAAGGUUAAACCAGAAGAUGCCACAUUCGAAAAUGUUCUUUUGCCUACUGCUAAUCAAGAUGAUCUUAAUUCUCUACAAAUCAGCGUUCUUACCUUCUAUCAAGCUGUUUCUGCCGAUUCGAAACUUCGUGAUGCGAGUUCCAAGGCGGAGGAAAUUAUGGAUGAGGCUCAGAUUGAAAUGGGUAUGAGAGAGGAUGUUUUUAAAUUGGUCGAUGCAGUUUAUAAAAAAAGCGAGGAGUUGGAUCCGGAAUCAAAGAGAUUGUUGGAGAAGGAAUAUAAAGGUUAUAUUAGAAAUGGGUUGGGAAUUGAGAAGGGUGUGAAGAGAGAUAGAUUCAAGGAAAUUAGUAAGAGGUUGGCUACGAUUGCGACUAAGUUUCAAAAGAAUUUGAAUGAGGAGAAUGGAGGGAUUUGGUUUACAUUGAAGGAACUUGAUGGGGUUCCUGAAGAUGUUAUUUCAGGGUUGGAAAAGGGAAAGGAUGAGAAUGAAGGAAAGUUGAAGUUAUCGUUCAAAUAUCCCGAUUUAUUUCCUACGCUUAAGUUUGCGAAGGAUGCCGAGACGAGAAAACAAGUCUUUGUUCAGAAUGAGAAUAAAUGUCAGGAGAAUGUGGAGUUGUUCAAGGAAGCUAUUAUUCUAAGAGAUGAAGCUGCUAGGCUAUUGGGUUAUCCUGAUCAUGCGAGCUUUAGGAUUGAGGAUAAGAUGGCAAAGACUCCAGCGACGGUUAAUGAGUUCUUACAUGAUUUGAAGGUUCAACUUGCUCCAGGUGGAGUCAAGGAAAUUGAACAUCUUAAAGCUAUCAAGAAACAAGAUUUGGAUGCUAGAGGAUUGGGAUCAACCAAUGAUGAUAAUUAUUAUCUUUGGGAUAAUCGAUUUUAUGAUCGAAUGAUGGUUGAGAAUGAAUUCUCGAUUGAUGAGAAUAAGAUUGCUGAAUACUUCCCACUUCAAUCUACAAUCCAAGGAAUGCUCAAGAUUUUUGAAGAGUUAUUCGGUUUCGUGUUUGUUGAUAUUAGUAGUGAGGAAGAGUUGGCUAAAGUUUCACCAUCUGGAAAGGGAUCUGAUGUUUUACCUCAUCCAGAUUUUAAACUCUUUAGCGUUUGGGAUGAUGAAGGUGAAGGAAGUGGAUUUGUUGGAUAUCUUUACUUGGAUUUGCAUCCACGCCCAGGAAAAUAUGGUCAUGCUGCAAACUUUAACCUUCAACCUGGUUUCUCAUAUCCAAAUGGUACAAGAAGAUAUCCAGCCACAGCACUUGUUUGCAAUUUCUCCAAACCAACUGAUAAGAAACCAUCGCUCUUAAAACAUGAUGAGGUUGUUACUCUCUUUCAUGAAUUGGGACAUGGUAUCCAUGAUUUAUCUGGUCGUACUCGGUACUCUCGUUUCCAUGGUACGAAUACCGUUAGAGAUUUCGUCGAAGCUCCAAGUCAAAUGUUGGAAAAUUGGUGUUGGACUCCAAGUCAAUUGAAGAACUUGAGUAAACAUUAUCUCACUGGUGAAUCUAUUCCGGAUGAUUUAAUCGCUAAACAAAUCAGUACUAAACAUGUCAAUGCUGCUCUCUUUAAUCUUCGUCAACUCCACUUUGGUAUUUUCGACAUGACAGUUCAUACCCCACAAACCCAUGAAGAAGCCGAAGCCUUUAAACUCAGCGAACUCUACAACGAUCUCCGAACACAAAUUUGUGGACUCAAAGGUCCUGAAGCUUUAGGUGCCAAAAGUGAUUGGGGAAGUGGACAAGCUACUUUUGGUCAUUUAAUUGGUGGUUAUGAUGCAGGUUAUUAUGGAUAUUUGUCAAGUCAGGUUUAUAGUACGGAUAUGUUUUAUUCAGUCUUCAAGAAGAAUCCAAUGGAUCCUAAGGAGGGAAGGAGAUAUAGACAUAUGGUACUUGAGAAGGGAGGAAGUCAGGAUGAAAUGAAGACUUUGGAGGUGUUUUUGGGGAGGAAACCUAGUACGGAAGCGUUUUAUAGGGAGUUGGGGUUGGAGGGGAAGAAGUAG